AUGUCAGAUCUACAGACAAGGCUCAAGAAGUUUAUCAAGAAGGACUCCAACGCCUCGUUGGUGGCUGGUGGCAUCUCUGGUGCCCUAUCCAGAACAGUUGUGUCCCCGUUCGAACGAGCCAAGAUCUUGUUGCAGCUCCAGGGUCCUGGCUCCAAUCAAGCAUACCGAGGCAUGUUUCCCACCAUCGCCAAAAUGUACGCAGACGAAGGCUGGAGAGGCCUCUUUCGAGGAAACACCUUGAACUGCUUGCGGAUCUUCCCCUACAGCGCAGUUCAGUACGCGGUGUUCGAGAAGGUCAAGGCUGUGAUACUUGCACGCAAACCAGGCCAGGAUCUCUUGUUCUGGGAGCGAUUACUAGCAGGCCUGGUAGGAGGAAUCGCGUCAGUGGUGACGACGUACCCGUUGGACCUCGUGAGAGCACGUAUUACCAUCAAAACAGCCUCGUUGUCGAAAUUGAAUAAAGGCAAGACAGUGCGUCCUCCAGGCGUGGUGGAGACCCUCAAGGAGGUGUACCGAACCGAGGGUGGCUUCACGGCGUUGUACCGUGGAAUGGUGCCCACCACGCUCGGAGUGGCUCCCUACGUGGCCAUUAACUUCGCGUUGUACGAAGUCAUUCGUGAUCGCAUGAACAGCUCCACCAGCGACUAUUCCAACCCACUCUGGAAGCUAUCUGCGGGUGCUUUCUCCAGUUGUGUGGGUGGCAUCUUGAUCUACCCGUUGGACCUCUUGCGGAAACGGUACCAGGUGGCCAAUAUGGCAGGCGGAGAGCUUGGAUUUCAGUACAGAUCGGUGACCCAUGCGCUCACGUCCAUUUUCCGAGAAGAAGGGUUCUUGGGUGCCUACAAGGGCUUGAGUGCCAACCUCUACAAGAUCGUUCCUUCCAUGGCCAUCUCGUGGGUGUGUUACGACACCCUCAAGGAUGCCAUUAGAAAAUGGUAG